UUUUGCUCCUCGGCGGGCCCCUAGUGUAUUGAGCUUAAACUAAACUUCCCAGCAAGCAGCGCUGGCCUGGGAAUUGGGACAACAUGGCGGACCCAGAAAGUGCACGGCCGGCUGUCCCUUCAGCGGCCCCGAUUUCUUUCGGUUUCACUCGCACCUCUGCCCGGAGGCUACUGGCAGACCCCGGAGUGGGCGAAGGACAUGCCUCAGAGGAGAAAGAUUUCUUGAAGACUGUGGAAGGGAGAGAGCUGCAAAGUGUGAACCCUCCAGAAGCCCCCAAGGAACUGGUCAUCCCAUUGAUCCAGAAUGGCUCUCGCAGACAACCACAGUCCAAGAGCCCUAAGCCAUCCUCAGAAACUAAGACUGAGUUGGUGUCAGAUGGUGUUCUGUCCCUGGCUGUGAAGGAGCUCAUUGAGGAAUCCAAGAAGUCCCUGGAGGAGAGGGAGAAUGCAGGUGUUGAUCCCACGCUUACUAUCCCUAUGAUCCAGAAAGGAUGCAGUCCCAGUGGGGAAGGAACAGACAGCGAACCUCAGGCUGAGACAGUGCCAGAGGAAGCCGACUAUGAGGCAGUCCCUGUGGAGGCCUACGGGCUGGCCAUGUUGCGGGGCAUGGGAUGGAAACCUGGCAAAGGCAUCGGCAAUACUUUCAGUCAAGUAGUGAAGCCCCGAGUCAACUCUCUAAGGCCCAAAGGCUUAGGGCUAGGUGCCAACCUGAUGGAGGCCCAGGCCUUAGCCUCCACUGGCUCUCACCACCCACCAAGACCAGAUGGGGAUCGAGAGAAGGAUAAGGAAGGGCAACCCCAAGGGUUGAUGCCUGGAGGAGCAGUUGUGGUCCUUUCUGGCCCUUACCGGGGCCUCUACGGGAAGGUAGAAGGCCUUGAUCCUGACAAUGUGCGGGCCAUGGUUCGGCUGGCAGUAGGCAACCGCAUUGUGACUGUUAGUGAGUAUUGCCUACGGCCUGUUUCCCAGCAGGAGUUUGAUAACCACACCUCACAGCCAGGCCAUGUGAGCAAAACUUCCACAGAGCAGCAGAACAGAACAGCUGGAACAGCCUUGUCAUUGAAGGCCCUCCAGAAUCAGGAGGACUCAAAGAGGAGGCAGAAGGAUUCAGAGAGGAAGCGGAAACACCCUCCAGACCGACAGGAUGGACCUGUGGCAAAGAGUGAGAAAACAACCACUAAGAACAAGCACUGGUUACACAGGGACUUACGUGUGAGGUUCAUUGACAAACUGCACAAGGGUGGUCGGUAUUACAACACCAAGAUGACAAUUGAAGAUGUCCCAAGCCCAGAUACUUGUGUGUGUCGGACAGAUGAAGGCCGAGUUCUAGAAGGCGUGACAGAAAACAUGCUGGAAACCCUGAUUCCCAAGGGAGAGGGUCACCGUGUGAUGGUGGUGCUGGGACCACAUGCUGGAAAGGUAGGACUUCUUCUGAGUCGGGACAGCGUGCAGAAUCAGGCUUUGGUGCAACUUGGGAGAGAGAACCAGGUUGUAGAGCUCCACUAUGAUGCUAUCUGCCAGUACAUGGGUCCCGGUAACUCAGAUGAAGACUGACAUAUGGACCACUGUCAUCCCCCAGGCUGUCACUAGUUGUGUUGCAAUCUACAACGGAUGCCACGGAGAAGAGAGGAGACAAUUGUUCUGUCCUCCUUUGAGGUGCAAGAGCAGGGAUGUGAGUUGAUAGACCAGACUAUUUACCAAAAUUUAGAAUGUAACAAAACCCAUUUUAAAAAGUGGGAAGAUGAAAUCAAAAUCAGUAUGUGAGCUGUGAAUUCAGGUAGGAACUGAGAUGACUGAGGCGGAGCUACUUCAUUUCUUAGCCUCAUUUCCCUGCUCAGGGUGCAAGACAAGUUAAAUUACCUAUCCGGUACAGAGUUCCCUCUUGGAGCAUAGAAAUGAUGAGAUCUGUCCUCACACAAACACUAUAGAAUCUCCAGUGCUGCAUCUCAGAACAGCUUCCUGAGUUUGAAUCUUGAAUGGCUUUCAAAGGCCCAUAUCUUUCUUUUUUUAAGAUUUAUUGUAUUUUUAGUUAUAUUAUGUGUGUGCCUGUGUGAGAGUGUGCGAUUAUGAGUACAGAUGCUUUCAGAGACCGUUAGUGUUGAGUCCCCUGGGAGCUGAAGCUACACGCAACAUGGGUGCUAGGAACCAAACUUGGGUCCUUUGAAAGAGCAGCAAGCACUCUUAACCACUGAGCCGUCUCUCUAGCCCAUAUAUCCAUAUGUUAAAGGAUUCUUGCUCAAGAUGAUGCCAGUAGCACAUAUUUUUGACCUUUGAAAGCUAACGGCCUGCUAGAGAUUGCUUAGUCCAUGACUUAGAACCUCCAAAACUGUGAACCAAAAUAGACCUUUCCUCCUUACACUUUACUUCUGGUAGUUUGUCUGAGUAAGGGAGAACUGCUGUUCCCACUGAGAACUCUAGUAGGGCAUCCCUUAUCCUUGAUCCAGGGCAGACCUCCAGGAAUGUCACUGAGGUGAUGAUGCACUGAAGAGACAUGGAGACUUAUGCCCACAGAUGGGAUGGGUUACUUCUAAUUUCCAAAGAAGCCAGUCACUUUUAGUCCUAAACUAUUAGCUUGCAGGUUAAAAGCUGUUUCUGACUCAUGCAGUUUCUCUGCUUGCCCUAGGUGACUAUAUUUUUUAAAAGGUUAUUGUUGAGAAUCCUGAACCCUUUUCCUGCUUAAUGGUGUAAGAUAAAAAUCAACAAGAGAAGUCAGAGUAUUAGACACUAUUGCUUCUAAAUCGUAUUUGAAGCUUAAGUCUUUCAUGCAAUAAAUGGUAUUUGACUUAAAUCUGGGCCACAGACAAAAAUACCUAAAUGCCUAUGGCACACAUUGAAAAGAAUCAAAACACCCCAGAACAGGAUGAUAAAGAUAACUGGGACUAGGGAUGGGGCUUAGUGUUGGUGUAUGUGCAUAACAUAUGUAAAGCUUUGGGUUCCAUCCCCAGUAC